AUGUGCGUUGCCAAGAUGAUGUCCCUUCGCUCCGCUGUGCGGAGAGCUUCGUGCAAGCCCCUCCGUUCUCUCUCCGCACCGACUGCUCCUCUGCGAGUCUCAGCUGCAAAGACUGCCACUUCUCUGCGCCAGACUCGCCACUACUCCCGCUCGACGGAUCCUCACCUGACCUCCACCCGCAGCACCGUUGUGCAACUGUUGAGCAAUAUUGGCUCGAAGCGCGAGGUCCAGCAGUACCUGUCACACUUCACCUCCGUGUCCUCUCAGCAAUUCGCCGUGAUCAAGGUUGGUGGCGCUAUUAUUACUGAGCACCUGCAGACCCUGUCAUCCGCGCUCGCAUUCCUGAACCAUGUCGGUCUGUACCCGAUCGUUGUCCACGGUGCCGGCCCCCAGCUUAACCGCAUGCUGGAGGCCGCCGGCGUUGAGCCUCAGUUCGAGGAUGGAAUCCGAGUGACUGAUGGUAAGACCUUGGCCCUCGCCCGCAAGCUCUUCCUGGAGGAGAACAUGAAGCUGGUCGAGGAGCUUGAGCGCAUCGGUAUCCGUGCCCGUCCCAUUACCGCAGGCGUCUUUUCGGCCGAUUACCUCGAUAAGCCCAAGUACAACCUGGUCGGUAAGAUCAAUGGUGUUGACAAGGCACCCAUUGAGUCGGCUAUUGCCGCUGGAUGCCUGCCCAUCCUGACCUCCAUGGCUGAGACCCCCGACGGUCAGGUGCUCAAUGUCAAUGCUGAUGUGGCUGCCGGUGAGCUUGCCCGCGCCUUGCAGCCCCUGAAGAUCGUCUAUCUUGCUGAGAAGGGCGGUUUGUUCAACGGUGACACGGGCGAGAAGAUCUCCGCCAUCAACCUCGACGAGGAGUACGACCACCUGAUGACUCAGUGGUGGGUGCGCCACGGCACUCGCCUGAAGAUCAAGGAGAUGAAGGAUCUCCUCAGCGAUCUGCCUCGCUCGUCUAGCGUCGCAAUCAUUCACCCUGCCGAUCUCCAGAAGGAACUUUUCACUGAUUCCGGUGCUGGUACCCUGAUCCGCCGUGGUAACAAGAUCCACGUGAAGACCUCUCUAUCCGAGUUUGGAGACCUCAAGGCUCUGAAGGAGGUGUUGAUCCGUGACCGCGAGGGUCUUGAUGCUCGUGCUGUUGUUGACCGCUACGUCGAGGGCAUGAAGGAGAAGGACUUCAAGAUCUACUACGACGAGCCUAUGGAAGCUCUGGCCGUUGUGCUGCCUCCUCAACCCAACUCCCAGAUGGCUCACUUGGCCACUUUCACCAUCACCAAGUCUGGUUGGUUGACUAACGUUGCCGACAACGUCUUCGCCAGCAUCAAGAAGGACUUCCCCAAGCUGGCAUGGACUGUCAAAGAGGACGAUGAGAACCUGACCUGGUUCUUCGACAAGGCCGAUGGUAGCUUGAGCCGUGAUGGCCAGGUCCUGUUCUGGUACGGCGCCGAGAACGGCGAGGAAGUUAAGCAGUUGGUUCAGGAGUUCAACGCACACGGUCGCCAGAUGUUUGGUGACAUUAACCUUGAGGCGCGCCUUCACCGUGCUGCUGAGGCUGCCGCCAACAUUGGCAAGGGUUUCGGCGCUAGCGGUGCUUCUGCUGAGCAGAAGCGUGGGUUCUCAACUGCCACUAACGCUCUGCGCAUGACCCGUGCCAAGCGUCCCACCGUUGCCGUGAACUCUUUCCGCACCUAUGCCACUACCAACCCCAACCCUCCUCUUGGAGAGAAGAACAUCUCCAACACCCAGCCCGCCAAAGUUGCUCUCAUUGGUGCCCGUGGCUACACCGGCCAGGCCCUGAUCAACCUGCUCAAUGCGCACCCUAACAUGGAUCUUCGUCACGUCUCGUCGCGUGAGCUGGCCGGUAAGAAGCUCCAAGGCUACGAGAAGCGCGAGAUCAUCUACGAGAAUCUCAGCCCUGAGGAUGUCCGCAAGAUGUCUGCCAACGGUGACAUCGACUGCUGGGUGAUGGCUCUGCCCAAUGGUAUUUGCAAGCCUUUUGUCGAUGCAGUCGACGAAGGUUCCAAGACGGGUAACGUCAUCAUUGACCUGAGCGCUGAUUACCGCUUCGACCCUAAGUGGACGUACGGUCUUCCCGAGCUCGUCGAGCGGUCUAAGAUUGCCCAGGCUACUCGCAUUGCCAACCCCGGAUGCUACGCCACUGCUGCUCAGCUUGGAAUUGCUCCUCUUGUUCCGUUCCUCGGCGGUCAGCCCACCACCUUCGGUGUCUCUGGAUACUCCGGCGCGGGUACCAAGCCCAGCCCCAAGAACGACGUGCAGUUCCUUACCAACAACCUCAUCCCCUACAGUCUGACUGACCACAUCCACGAGCGUGAGAUCAGCGCACAGCUGGGUACUAGCAUUGCGUUCAUUCCUCACGUCGCGGUUUGGUUCCAGGGUAUCUCUCACUCUAUCAGCAUUCCUUUGAAGCAGAAGAUGACCUCCCGCGAUAUCCGCAACCUCUACCAGGAUCGCUACGCUGGUGAGAAGCUCGUCAAGAUCGUGGGCGAAGCCCCUCUUGUCAAGGACAUUGCCGGCCGCCACGGUGUCGAGAUCGGCGGAUUCGCCGUCCACUCCAGCGGCGAACGCGUGGUUGUCUGCGCCACCAUUGACAACCUGCUGAAGGGUGCCGCCACCCAGUGCUUGCAAAACAUGAACCUGGCUCUUGGCUACUCCGAGUACGAGGGUAUUCCUCUCGACUAA